AUGCUUGGUACGACACCCUGCGUGAAAGAUCCAUUGCUUGAUUUUGGACACAAUCCAAGCAAAUUUAUAACGCUAAGUAAACUUUCUGUCAUGGAGUACUACCUUACAACCCUUGAAACCCCUCACUUGGCCCUUAGUGAGAGAAGGCUCCAGUUGCAGAAGCUUGUCCUAUUAUAUGAUGUCCCCCCUGAUAGGCGCGGACGGGUGUGGAUGAUUCUACUGGGGAUCGGGUAUGUCAACUCAAAACGCUAUGUAGACCUGGUCAGACGCGGACAAUCUAUAGAUGCUGAAAAGAUUCGCAAGGACGUGCACCGGACAUUCUCGAAUAACGUUUCUUUUCACAAGAAAGUGUCUCUGAGCUCCAUAUCUCGAGUACUUAAUGCACUGGUGCACGAUCUGGACAUUCGCUACGUACAGGGAAUGAAUGUGUUGCUGGGUCCACUGCUCUACGUUGCAGAUGAGGUCUUUGGGUUUUAUAUGUUCCGUCGCCUUUAUAGCCUUGCUCGCUCAUACUUCAGUCCAGAUCUUUGCGGAGUGCAUGCUGGUUGUGCCCUUCUCGAGGAUAUCAUGGGCGUUAUUGAUCCAGAGCUGCAGCAGAAGCUAUUUAAGCAUAAUCUCAGGGGGUUUCUAUGGGGAUUUGACGUUAUCAUGACAUUUGGCGCCUGCUUGCAGCCCCUCGACGAGGUCCUAAAGCUUUGGGAUUUCCUAUUCUCCUUUGGCCUUGGGCUCAUGCCGCUCCUUUCCUGUCUGCGAAUCAUCAAGGUCCGAGACAUGCUGCUUUCGCAUAACAACCCAUACGAGAUCAUACGAACCCGUGCAAUCACCUUUGACGCCAAAAAUGAUAUCUCUAUGGCCCUGCAGUAUCUAGUAUUGCUCCCAGAUCAGCUGAAGAAAAGGCUGUGCAGUCACUUCGGAGACACCGAUGUCUGCAAGGCAAUCAAUCCCUCUUCUUUGCGACCACUGAAUCAUGCAUGUCUUUAA